AUUUCCUAUAAAAGGUGAUAGCGAAACGUUGUCCACAUUCACUUCGUUGACUCUGCUCGUAUUCAGACGUCAAUAUGAAUACGCUUGUUGCCCUGCUGAUCCUGGGAUGUGCAGUUUUCUGCGUUGCCGAGGGGUGGAAAGUGGAAAGGUACCGUAAUAACAAAACUAGAAUUAAAUUGGGUGUGUUCAUGCGAAGAAGUCGUAAUGAUCCCGGUUAUACACGGGGACACGCUCAGGGAAUAUGCAAACACCAUAAAGCUAGUUUGAUCACUAAUAUGAGGGUGAUUCGAAAUUUUGGAGGAUACCUCUCUCGUCGCUGGAACAAAAAAAGUAAGGGCAACAUACACACGACAUAUCCGAUUCAUCUUAACCGGACGGCAAGUUAUGAGAGCUGGGAAGAGAAUACCUAUAAUUAUGACUCGCAAAUCUGCAUUUCAACGUCCCUUUUAUUUCGCAAAACGUCUGACAGCUGACAUGGCCUUCAUUUGCUUUAAAAAAUAUUAAAUAUUCGGAUGGUUUGUGUCGCUUGUUUCGUAUAAUUGUCAUAUAGAUAACAAGUAAAAACAACUUCUGUCAA